CAGUUUGACCUACUUCAGCAUUUCACCAUGCCAGGACAAACCGCACGCGCCAUGCAAGCUAAAGCUACUUCAAGCCGGACAACACGGACGGCUGACAAGCCAUCCAGCACGGCUGCAAAGGACAAGGCUACCACCUCUCGGGCCACCGCCGCGAGCUCAACCCGCGCUGCCGCGCAAUCAACGUUGGCCAAAGUUCGCCAUGCCUCCGCUAACUCGCUGGCAAGGGAUGUCGAAAAAGGCCUGAAGAUUUCCUCGGAGUCCAAAGACAAGCAAAAGCUCACUCCCGAGGAGACCAAAGUCGCGGCGAUGCGUUCCGUCAAUAACGCGUCUCAGGCUUUAUCCGCCGCUAUUCAGUCCGGAUGGAAGCAUACGUCGGAGAAGGCAGUCUCGAGGCAAGCGGAUACCACUUCAAAUACUGUACGGUCUGCGAUCUCUUUAGCGACAGCAUCUCUGGAAGAGUUGCGAUCCGUUAGUCAGGAGGACUUGAACGUAGAGAGAGCUGCGUCGAGUAUCGUCGGGAAACUGGUCACUCUGGAAAUGUAUGACGACGCCACAUCUAUGCUGGAAAGCAUACAUAGACGGCUUCAAAUUCUCGUCCUGAAAGAACCCCCAUCGCAGCCAACGCAAUUUGCUGCAAUGACGCUAUCGUCACUACACCUAGCCACAUUCGAUGCUAUCACCCUGACACUACUGUCAUCCCAUCUCUUAUAUGCGAUCAUCGCAGUCGCAAAUCGCACGCUCCUGCCCCCGACGAACCCAUCUAUUGUUGAGCAAUUCGCUGAUGCUCUUUCCACUACAUCUACGCUUCUCACCUGGGUCCCAAUACUAUCUACACUUCCCACUAAACAUGUCGAUGGCCUCCUCACCCGCGCAUAUACUGUGCUGACGAAACUAUGCUCUUUACCGGACCUUCCUCCUCAAGCCGUCCUUUCCAUACGUACCUAUGCCCUGCGAUGCCUUCUCUUCGCAAGCUCAGGGACGGUGAAGCCCAGCACCUUCUGGGAACAGACGCAGAAAUCAUGCAUUCUCUUCGUUCGCACCUCCAAACUGGAAACUGCUGCCACGGCCGAGUUCGUCACGUCCAGGGUCAAGAUGAUUGUCAUGGACGCGCAAAAUGGGACGUUCCUCACGGACAGUGCGUUCGUCAACUUCUGCGACUUUUGGAUGAGUAUUGCCAAAAAAGAUCGAAACAUCGCGGUAUUGGACGAAAUUACGACACUGAUGCGAGGUUCCCCAUCUCGCUCGCCAACACCCGCAUCAUCGAGUGUCGACCAGUUGAUCGAGAAAGUAAAGGAUAUGAACGUAUCUGAGAAGACAAAUAUACAAGCUAUCUUACGUGAAUCUGCGAAAGCCUGCGCAACAUUAGUGAAGUCAACAGCUGUCAUUGAACAGCAACCAACAGGAGACGGCGAUGAGGGAUUCGAGGAGCGUUUAGCGGAGGGGAGGUCAGCGGUGGCAUCACUUGACGACCUUCGUCAGUCCCUUACUCAAGAUGCGGAAGCAUCAGAGGAUGCUCAGCGGACAGCGGGAAAGUUGGACCGUGCCCUUGAACGACUGCGUCGCGCAUGUAUACGCGUCGUAGAACAGCCUCCGAAGAACAGAGCAGUUACGGACGGAACGCUCCUCCUUUUGGAGAUGAUUGUCGCAUUCCUAUCGAAGCGCUGUGCGUCAGAGACGUAUAGCCAAGAUCUAUUCACACCUACACUUGACACCCUGUUUGUCUUGGCCCGGAAACGGCUAGACUGCUGUAACCCCGAUACCUAUACACCUACAUUGCAACUCCUAGGACAAGCCACCAAGCUCGUCGACACAGCGCGAGGCGCGAGCCCAGCUCAACUUGCCAACUAUAUUCGCUGUAUAUCCGGUGCACUACACAAUCUCGCCGGCACCCUGUACCAGGCGGACCGAUACGGAGGCGCGGUGCGCUUCUUGAACGAGGGCUGCGCCCUUGGUGUACGCGCUCUGGCUAUGUACUCGCCUGAGACCCAGAUGUCCGCGAACAAACCAGGGGAGGCGGGGACUCCAGCCGAGGAGAGGGAGAGGGAGGGAUGGAGACAGUUGCAGGAUCAGCUUUCGCGGCGUUGGGAGCUUCUUGGAGUUUGUCAUUCGAAGAUCGGCGAUCGGAGGCCUGCCUACGACGGUUUUGUUCAAAGCGUCCGAUACUUCUCGUAUGAGACGUCCGCGAUUGAGGAAAACAUCAAGAAAGGUGCUAUAUCAGUUUUCGCUGCAACACCGGCCUUGAAGCACCUUGGCUCUAUCGUCGACAAGCUCACCUACGUCGGUGCCUGCGAGCUCUUCAUGAGUGGCCGAGAAAUUUCUCUUCGAACUGCUCUUCUGGACAAGACGCCAGCUGUGGCGGGCAUGAUCGUCGAGCGCCAGCUGGACACAUUGGAGAAUAGCAUAUGGAAAGAGGGUAUCAGGGCAGUCGUCAAGGACCUAUUGGACGAGGUGCUUCUCAUAUACGAGGCUGGUAAACUUCCGUUGCGACGAUCGCGGGUAUUGCUCCGAUGCAUGGAAUUCUUGUGGAAGACUCCUGGUGUCGACAGUUUAUGGGAUGGCGCUACUCUGGGUGAUGAGGUGCUUCGCCUAACCGGUACCGAGCCUCAGGAUGCCGACAAACCUUUCGCUCAGUAUCGUCAGCAAUAUGCUGCCUCUGCUCACUUCUGGCUUGGGCUUCUGGCGUAUCGUCAAGCGGCGGACGACCAGGUUUCGCGUGUCGCUCAGCACGCCGAGGAAGGGUGCAUGAUGCUGCGCAGCAUUCUGCAUCCGCCAGCACCUGCUUCUGAAGUGAAGUCGAAGAAGGCAUCUGUCGCUGCCAAAGCCACCAAGACGGCGACUAAGACUACCAGGCAGGCAUCUAUCGCCGCGAGAACGACUACGAGGACCGUGCGUACGAGGGUCACGAAGAAGGCGGAAAAACCGGUUACCCCUACUUCGCGACAAGCUCUAGGGUCCGUGUCACUUAACGUUGAUCAAGCAGACAAGACUACGUCGCCUAAGCAGGUCACGAUUCAGGCACACGAGGUCAACGUCGAGAAUCCGCAGAGUCUCGCAAGGCUACUUCAUCUUUACGUUCACAUCCUCAGUCUGUUGGAUCUUGGCCCCCUAAAGGUCAAGCUCCUCGCAGCGACCCAGCGGUUAUGCGUAAAUUUCCACCAAGACUUGAGCGAUGUGCUGGUUUCCGUUUCCGCUGAUUUGGCCUGCGAGUACGUCAAGCUGGGCAAGAUUAAAAGGGCGGCCAACGUCUUUGCUCAGACAAUGGACGUCAACAAAUCCUCCGCUGUUUCGGAUGAUGUCAGGGUCCGAUAUCUCUUGCGGUACGCGGAGACGCUUGCUUUGUCUGAUAAUAUCAUGGGAGGGGCCAGCGCAUAUUGCGAAGCACUAGGCUAUUCGGAAAUGAUACUUCCUGAAGAGAAGCACAUGUCCACUGCUGAACGGGUUCGACUUCGGGUCGGUCGCGUGGAGCGAGCUGCGAUGGCAGCGUACGUUUUUGCUAUCAUCCAAUACUCCAAGGAUAAUAUCGUUGAGGCCAUACAAAGCCUACUCCAGGCUCUAAGACUCUGGAACCGAGCCAUCGACACUUUCCAGCGACUGAGGCCAACCCCCGCAGCCUCGAAGUCUUCAGUACAAGCUGAGGAAGAAAAUCCCUUCAAAGCCCCUGCAAAGAACGAGGAGCCCGAAGAGCCGCCAAAGAACCCUCGACGUCAUCUCAUGGACGGCAUCGAAUGGCGGGUCGCUGACGGCCUCUCGGACACGCUCUUCGCGCUCGCAUCCGCCUUCUUUUCGCGGGGCUCACCACGCGAAGCGGAGUACUUCGCCCGGCAGGCAAUUGAUCUCGCGGAGUCCCUUGGAGCACCGGCGAUGGCGAGUCGUGCGCUGGCGCGGCUGGGUGAAGUGCAGCUUCACCAGGGUGCGCUGGACGCAGCCCAAGACACGCUGUCGAGAGCGGCGGAGCUCCUUGCUGGGGCUCAGGGCGCGGUCGUCGCGGACGUGCAGCGCUUACGUGCGCAUUGGAGCCAGUUGAGGGAGCAGGAAGAGGACGCGCGGACGAUGUAUCACGAGGCUGGGAAGCUGUUGGAGGAGCUCAAUGGAGUGUUCGCUCAGAUGGAUGGCAGUCGGAGAAAGUCAAGCAUUGGCAUCUCGCCUCGAGCAUCGAUUGGUGGGACAGCAACUGAGUCGGCCGUACCAGCGCUUCUGUCUGCUAUCUUGCGGAAACAUAUUUGGCUUCUUCGCGAUGAGGGCGGCGACGAGCCCAGGGCUUUGAUAGACCAGCUGCUCGCUCUGCCACCAUCUGCGGAGGUUAAGGCCGCGGAAAAUGCGCUCAUGGGCAAGUUGACCCUUCACGGCGUCUACGAGCAAUUCCAUUCCGAUAUGGCCUUGAUGUCUCUCGCAGAGUCAACCAUCGCUCUUCCGACUGGUAUAUCGAGCGACAAGCCUUUCCCGCUCACCGCAACUACCCAGGAGGUCCUAGCGACGCUCGAAAAUGCCGACGGUCUCUUCUCGGCCUACUUGUCCUCAGCCGGUCGCAAAGGCUUGGUGUCAGACGUCCGGGAAGCAGUGAUGAGUCGAGCUAUCAUUCGGGCUUUCCAUACCUCGCUGGGGAACCCGGACGGAACACAGCUCACUGUUGGGCUUCUCGAUGCGAGCGCUGCAAUUACCCUGCACCGCGAAUUACUUGAUGCUAUACACCAUAAAUUCCCCGCUAUGCAGUUCAGCGACGAUCUCCUAUGGCCACUCAUGACUCCCAGCGGCUCGCCGCUCACUCGCCCUCCCGUGCCAUCUCGUUCCUUCCCCAAAUUGAUAGGCCGACCAUCCCGCCGUGCCAUUUCCCCUUCGCCCCUAUCCGAAUCGGAUUCCGACGACGAUGAAACACCUACGCCUUCCAAAGUGCUGGAAGACUACUGGGCGUCCCUGAAGAGAAAGUAUGCGUCGAUUUCGCUUGACGCUGCUUCACUAUCUACGCCCCGCACGAAUACCCUCCCCGCUCACUGGACCGUGCUCCACCUCGUGCUCGCCGAAGACAAGUCUGCGCUCUUCGUGAGCCGGCAGAACCGAGGUGCAGAACCGAUGGUCUUCCGCGUGCCUCUCAAAGGUCGGAGGCUCGACGACGACGAAGAUGAGGCUGAGGUUGAGACCGGGGACGCAGACACCGCGUUGCCAGAGGGCGGUCAGUUGUCGUAUGCGGCUGCGGUGCGCGAGCUCAAGGAGAUCGUGCGUCUCAGCGACGAGGGCACGCGGGGCGCGGUGAAGGUCCGGGCAGAUGAUCAACAGGCGAGGGCCGCGUGGUGGGCCGAGCGGUCGCGGCUCGACAAGCGGAUGAAGACGCUGCUGGAGAGCGUCGAGGAAGGGUGGCUCGGCGGGUUCAAGACGCUGCUGACGAGGCCACUGCAGACACCCGAGGCGGUUGUUUCGGAUCUCCGGGCAAGACUUGACAAGGUGUUCAGGCCGAUCGUGCAUCCGCACAAGAGCGUCUCGCGCAGCGCGUCGCGCUCGUCGAACCGCUCGACGAAGUCUGCGUCUGAGGGAAAGAGCAAGGCGCCGACUUCGUCGAAGUCGAAGGCGAGUGGGAAGGGCAAGUCCACGUCGACGCUUCCGCCGCUGAGUGACGAGCUGCUUGCGUGUCUUUCGUCGCUCUCGCCUAAGUGUAGCGACGGUGCGCUGCACGACGUGCUUUACUUUGUUUUGGACGCGUACCAUCUCGCCGGCGAGCCUGUCGCGAUCGCGGAGGUGGACAUUGACGAGGCGGCCGUCAAGCUGCGCGCGGCGCUCGAAGAGCACGCGGGGUUCGCGAAGCGGUUCUUUGUCUCCAAUCCUGACGAGGUGCGGCAAGGUGACGAGGAAGAACAUUUGUUCCUGGUGCUCGAUAAGGAUUUGCAAGGAAUUCCAUGGGAGUCGAUACCCUGUCUACGGGGGCGCAGCGUCUCGCGCAUCCCGUCGCUGGAGUUCUUGCUCGACCGCGUCGAAUGGUCGAAGGUCCAUCGCAAGCUGUCUGGUUCAAAUAAUUCUCGAGACCCGGCGGACGAGACCAGGCUAUCGGUCAACGCUGCCAAAACGUACUACGUGCUCAACCCGUCGGGCGAUCUCGCGGGGACACAGUCGCGCUUUGAGCCGUGGCUGAACGACAUGCGCAGGGAAGCGAAGUGGGACGGCAUCGUCGGGCGCGCGCCGAGCGAGGGCGAGUGGGUGCAUGCGCUGGAGAACUCUGAGCUCGUUCUGUACUUUGGGCACGGCGGCGCCGAGCAGUACGUGCGCUCGCACAAGGUUCGGCACGUCAAACGGUGUGCGGCGACGAUGCUCUGGGGCUGUUCGUCUGGCGCGCUCAAGGAAAUGGGCGAGUUUGAGCGGACCGGUACGGCGUGGAACUACAUGGUUGGCGGGUGCCCCUCACUGGUUGCGAACCUAUGGGACGUGACGGACCGGGACAUUGACAAGUUCGCGCAGGCCGUGUUCGAUAAGCUCGAGUUAACGCCGGACCGUGUGGGCCGCGCGAGCGUAGCCGCAACGGGGAAAGCUCAAGACAGGGCGUCUACAGCCAAGUCUACCAUCAAGGCCAAGAUCAACGGGUCCGGUGCGACGACGACGGAGGCGAUGGGCACGCGUGCACAGACGGUGUCCGUCGUAAGCGCCGUGGCGCGGUCACGGGAGGCGUGCAAGCUCAAGUACCUCACGGGCGCGGCGCCUGUGGUGUAUGGUAUCCCGUUUUACGUGUGAUCAGCGUGGGGUGGGGCGGUGUGACAGAAAGGGUCAGUGCGGUGGACAGUACAGGGCGCGUUGGGUGACACGUUCUUGGUGGUCUGGGUCUGUGGGUCGACAUGGAUGUUGGUUUGGGUCAGGACAGUUCUGCUUAUGCGUCGCGGAUUAUUGCAGAGUCUCGCAGCCAGAUUUGAGGGUUGAGAAGGAGGUCUAUUUGGAGGUUACACCGAGGUGUCCGACACGGCCAGAAACGGACGAGGACACCUACACUGUGGAGGUGUCUUGGCCCAGAUGUGCCGGACGGCCGGUGCAUUAGAUGAUCGCUAUUACGACGAUUACUAUAGUACAUCACUAAACGGGUGGGAAAAGUU